AUGAGCGAAACCAAUUCAACGCAAAAGCGUCCAAACUUCCUAUUCAUCCUCGCCGAUGACUUGGGUUUCUCUGAUAUAGGCUGCUUUGGCAGUGAAAUCGAAACACCGAAUAUCGAUCAGCUUGCUGCGGACGGAAUCCGCAUGCUGAAUCACCACACCGCAGCGGCAUGUUCGCCCACGCGCGCAAUGUUGAUGAGCGGGACAGACGCGCAUCUGGGUGGAUUGGGAUGCUUGAUUGAGCAUCGCGCAAGUGAGAAGGGUGGAAAGAGGUGGAAUGGAAAGGCUGGGUAUGAAGGAUAUCUGAACCAAGAUGUUGCGACAUUGCCGGAGAUUUUGGGUGAUAAUGGAUACUUCACCGCCAUGUCUGGGAAGUGGCAUCUAGGUCUCCGCGCUAGUCAAGGACCUUCGGAACGGGGCUUUCAGAAGAACUUUGCGAUGCUUCCUGGAUGCUGUAGUCACUAUGCGUGGGAGCCAGUCCAGGAGAGAUUUCCUUUAGGUGGAUCUCCGAUUCAUACUGAGGAUGGUAUCAAGGUUGAUGUAGCACCAAACAAGAAUGAAGAUCCAGAGGGAUUUUACUCUUCUGAUACCUAUACGGAUCGAUUGAUUGAGUAUCUUCAAACCCGCUCGGAGGCAGAUCAGUCAAAGCCGUUCUUUGCAUUCUUGCCGUAUACUGCUCCCCACUGGCCACUGCAAUGCUCUAAAGCCAAGCGCGACAAGUACAAGGGCAUAUAUGACGAUGGACCAUAUGCUCUGCGCGAACGUCGACUCAAGAAGCUAGUUGAGAUUGGCAUUAUCGAUGAAUCUGUGGUUCCUCACAAGGUGGAGACAACUACUCAAAGUGCAGGCGAGUGGGAUGAGUUCACACCAGAAGAGAGAAAAUGCUCAAGUCGAGCCAUGGAGACAUACGCCGGAAUGAUCGAUACCAUGGAUGUCAACGUCGGCAAGAUUGUUCAGCACUUGAAGCAGACUGGCGAAUAUGAUAACACCUUCAUCGUGUUUAUGAGUGACAACGGUGCGGAGGGUGCAGCAAUGGAAGCUAGACCUGUUAUGGGUGACAACAUCAAGCGGGCUAUCCACAAAUAUUACGAUAACUCGCUCGAAAACAUCGGCAACUAUAACUCCUUCACUUGGAUCGGACCUCUAUGGGCACAGGCCUCAACAGCCCCCUCCCGACUUUUCAAGGGAUUCCCAUCUCAAGGCGGAAUCCUCGUUCCCUGUGUAGUGAAACCACCAGCGAACACCUUCCUCCCAUCAUUCACUCCAGGCUCACUGAAUCGAUCCUUCAGUACAGUAAUGGACUGGUCCCCAACCUUCCUCGAGCUCGCAGGUGUAUCUUUACCCCCAUCUUUCAACGAGGAACGAGCCAGAACCCUGGAAAAGACCACCGUCAUUCAGAAAAUGACUAAAUUCCGCGGUAGAAGCGUACACGCCAUCCGGGGUAAAUCCUGGGUACCUUUCUUCACACAGGGCCAGAAAACCGAAGACGAAGAACUAUGGAAUAUCCAUCCCUCCUCUGAGCCAAUCGGUUGGGAACUUUUUGCGCGCGGAGCUAUGCGAAAGGGAGAUUGGAAGAUUGUUCACAUCGCGAAGGCGAAUGGAGGAGUUGGAGAACCGAAUGGAGAUGGUUGGGAACUAUUUAAUGUGGCUGAGGAUCCUGGUGAGACGAAGGAUUUGGCGAGUGCUCAACCGGAGAAACUUGCGGAGCUUUUGGCUUGUUGGGAGGAAUAUGUUAAUGAGUGUGGGAUUGUGUGGGGUGAGAAUGCGUUUGAGCCGGGCUUGAGUAUUGAUGAGGCGCCGGAGUUGUGGGAGGAUGAGGUGGAGUUGCAGAAGUCUUGGUUGGGUGCUAAGGCGGGCGAAAGUGUUGCAUAG